CUUGCCAGUCGGCCAUCCCUUUGCUGGCACACUUUCUGUGGCCGAUAUGAAGCUAAAAAUUGCACAAACAAUGCAAAAUAGCGAAAGUGGCCGCAAAAUAAAUCACGCAGUGAAUACUACCAGCCGUGUUGUUGGUGUUGCGCUGUCGCAGGCUAAAGGCACAUUCUCAACCUGGUGGUCAUCCAUCACCACAGCGCCUGCGCAAACAGUCACAGCAACAACAGCCGCUGAUGGUGGGGAUGGUGAUGCAGAAGCAAACGGCAUGAUGGCACAGCAACAGGAACAGCAAGAAGUCACCGUGACAUUCCAAAAAAAUUUUGAUGACCCAGAACGUGUAAACAUACACAUUGAGGGCGAAAAGAAAACCACAGACAUUGUGAGUAAUACUAGUAGUAGCGGCAGUGAAAAGCCUAUUGACAGCGCCGAAGAAUUGGAUGAAGAUGAGGUGGUGAAGUUGACUGAAGAAAAUGUUAGUGAGAUAGACCAAAUGAGCGCACAACAAAGGCAACAAGGUAUUGUAGAAAUUGGACGCGAAGCUGACGUAUUAGAUAAACCCAAAGCUGCACCUUUGCCAACACCCACUUGUGGCACAGAUAUUGCAAAUGAGGCACCUCGCGGCAACGGUGACGUGUUUAUUGUGUGAAUUUGUUAAAAAAAAAA